AUGCUUCCUCUACAAGGGCCGCCAAAGCCGGGUGGUAGGAAGAGUCCUUUCCCAGACCCUUCCGACCCCAAGAGGCGUCGACUAUCAGACUCGCCUCGACCUCCGCUCAGCACUGGUAAUAUGAUCUUGAAUCCAAGGACACCAGGCAUGGACAGAUUUCAUGGCACUCCAGGAACACCACAAGAGAGGCAUCUACCACUUACGGCGUUGGACUUAGCGUACCAGCCAAGUGGUCCAGAUCAAGAUGCAAACAAGCUUCUCGGAUACGUUCCUCAUCCGCAUGGCCAUUGGCCUCGCUAUCCAGGUUACUAUCAUGAUUCGCCGCACCAAUCAACCAGAGCAGUGGUGAAUACCGAUGAGCCCCAUGAAUCAGUUCCACAGAGAGGAACUCCCACCCCUUCGCCCAUCAUCACCCGUACCACCAACUAUGGACAGAUGUCUACACCUCCUCACAGCGACCCUUUGAGAACCCCUCCAAGCGUCUUCCCACCUCGGCCUCGCCAAUACCAGAUACCUGAGCAGCCUACACCUCCUCGCAAUAAUCCUCUCAGAUCCCCCGAGGGUGCAUCAUGGAUUACAUCUCGCCGACAUGAGUCACCUCAACAGGCAUCACCUCCCUUCAGCAAUCCCCCAAGACCUCUACAGGCAUCCUUGCCCUUUCGACCUCGUCAAUUCAAGGUUCCGCAGAGGGAAUUAGCAGUGCAGCCAGUCGAGUUCGAAGAACUAGCCGCCCACACAGCAAAAUGUGAUGUGUGCGACAAACGCAACACGGACGGUAUGGUGCGUUGUAAGCCAUGUGGAUGGCAAUGCUGCCGUCAAUGUCUCGCCGAAAGAGGCGGAGAUCGUACACAUCCCAAAGCUGGGAAUUUACAUGUCCCCAAUGACACGACUUACACGCCGAAAGCUAGAGCCAGUGUCAAGAAGCCGUCUGUCGCACCAGCCCCGAAUAUCUCGAGAAGGGCGGCUGUACAAUACGAAACACCCGAGGAGGAGGCAGCUGCGAUUCUUCUCAGUCUCAGGAACGACAGCUGGGAGAGGGGCCAGCCACGGACGACCAGUGGUCAUACUCAUGGCAGUGGAACGAUUGCUGGCCCUUCUCAACCAUUCAAGCGAGACGUGGAUGAUGGCCCUGGAUUUGACAGCGAUGAAACUGAGAUUCUGCCAGAUAUCGACACGGAGGACGAGACUGAUGAUGAUAUUUUGCCCGAUAACCUGGUCGAUGUGCGUCGGAAUCCAUCCCGCAGAGCGAGACCGGCCGACAUGAAAGAGUGA